AUGGGCAAUAUGAGCCUUGAGUUCUUGGACGUCAGAUUGAUCUUUGUGCUUUCCAUGUUGUGGGUUGGAGGUGUUUUUGGCAAGGGGGUGAAAGCAGAGGGAAGAAGCCUGCAUCACAGGGCUAAGAACUCUGCUGUUUUUGACGUGAUGAGCUUCGGCGCCCGAGCGGACGGUCGAACUGAUGACAGCAAUGCCUUCAUGGCAGCGUGGAAGGAGGCAUGCCAGUCUACAGGUAGGGUGCACAUUACGAUACCGAAAGGGACAUACAUAAUUGGCCCUCUUAAAUUCUCAGGCCCCUGCCUAAACGUAUCGUCUCUGACGCUUCGCGUGAAGGGUUAUUUGAAGGCUACAACGGACCUGCGCAAGUAUGGAUUUGGUGGCGGUUGGCUCGAAUUUGCGUGGAUGGAGGGGCUAACCUUGACCGGAGGUGGAACCUUUGAUGGCCAAGGUGCUCGAGCCUGGCCUCACAACAAGUGCCCCACAGACUCCAAAUGCAAGCUUCUUCCAACUAGUUUGAAAUUUGUGGCAAUGAAUAAGACUGUCAUCCGAGGCUUAACCUCAGUGAACAGCAAGUUUUUUCACAUAGCUCUUGUAGAAUGUCACAACUUCAAAGGUAGCAGGCUCAAGAUUUCAGCCCCCGAAACAAGUCCUAACACCGAUGGCAUCCACAUCGAACGAAGCUCUAGUGUCUACUUCUCUCUGUCGCAUAUUGCUACCGGUGAUGACUGCAUCUCGGUUGGACAAGGAAAUUCUCAUAUCACCAUAACAAGCAUCACUUGUGGACCUGGCCAUGGCAUCAGUGUGGGAAGUCUAGGAAAAUAUCCGGACGAAAGAGAUGUUAGUGGACUUGUAGUGAAAGACUGCACCAUGACAGGUACCACCAACGGCAUUAGGAUCAAGACAUGGGCUAACUCUCCCAGCAACAGCGCAGCCACGAACAUGACAUUCGAAAACAUUGUCAUGAAUAAUGUGACCAAUCCGAUCAUAAUCGAUCAAUUGUAUUGUCCAUUCACAUCCUGCACUUCUAAGGCGCCAUCCAGAGUGAAGCUGAGUGACAUAUACUUCAAGAACAUAAGAGGGACAUCAUCGUCGGAGGUGGCGGUGGCUCUUGAAUGCAGCGAAGGGAUCCCAUGCCAGAAUAUUUACCUUGAGGAUGUUCACUUGGACCUGUCAUCUGGGGAGAAACAAGCAACUUCAAGUUGCAACAAUGUCAAAGCUAAAUUUAGUGGCACCCAAAUCCCACCUCCAUGUACUUAG